CAAAGAUUUUCAGCUUCCUCAUCCUCAACUCCAUUCAUUACGAAAGGAUCGGGUAUUGUUUGUAUCGAUGUGGAGGUUCCUUUUGAGCUGUUGAGUCUAAGGUGACUUCUAGUUUGGAGUUGGAGAUGGACAGUGGGAGUAAGGUAGAUGUGCAAGCUUUAGAUGGGGGUUUGCAGCCUUUGCCAAAUGGGACUAUUGAAGACAACUUGCAAAGUGAGCUGGAAAAGAUACUGCAAGAGCAGCGCAAUCAGCAGUUUAUCAAUCGAGAAAGGGAUUUCAAUAUUUAUAGAAGUGGAAGUGCACCUCCAACCGUGGAGGGAUCUCUAAGUGCUGUUGGUAGUCUAAGGAACUCUGAUUUCGGAGUGCUCAAUAGUAGGGGGAAUAAUAAUAAUGGAUUUUUGACUGAAGAUGAGAUUCGAUCACAUCCUGCAUAUCUUUCUUAUUAUUACUCACAUGAGAGUAUAAAUCCUAGAUUACCUCCACCGUUGUUGUCAAAAGAAGAUUGGCGUGUUGCACAAAGGUUUCAAGCUGGCGCAUCUUCUUCAAUUAAGGGAUUUGGGGACUGGAGGAAGAAUGUGACCACAAAUGGUGAUAGCUCAUCACUAUUUUCAAUGCAGCCAGGAUUUUCUGUGCAACAGGCAGAGAAUGAUUUGAUGGAACUGAGGAAAGCUAGUGGACGAAAUCUCGCUAGGCAGAGUUCAAUUCAGUUGCUUGACAGACAUAUGGAUGGUUUUGCAAGAAUGUCAGGAGCUGGUCUUGGUUCAAGGAGGACGUGUUUUGGUGACAUUCUUCAGGAAGGACUUGAUCAACCUGCUUCCCUCUCUAGCAAUAUGUCACGGCCCGCAAGUCACAAUGCAUUUGGUGAUAUCAUGGACUCAACUGGUAUGGUUGAUCGUGAGUCCUUGGAGGGCUUGCGUUCUUCAGCUUCUACUCCUGGUUUGGUCGGGCUUCAGAACCAUGGUGUAAAUGUUUCUCAUAGUUUUGCAUCUGCUGUGGGUUCUUCUCGGUCAAGGGUGGCAACCCCUGAACUGCAGGUUAUUGGGAGAUCUGUUGGGUCUGCAGUUCCUCAAAUGGAUAAUAAAGUUUUUUCUGUUGAGAAAAGUGGUAUUGGCUUGGGCACCCAGAACGGUCACUCUUCCAAUAUGAACGAUCUUACUGCUAUGGUGUCUUCUCUAUCAGGGUUAAAUUUGUCAAGUGCUAGACAUGCAGAGCAAGAUAGUCUUUUGAAAUCUAAGCUACAUAUGGAAGUCGAUAAUCAUCCUGAUGUUCUGUUAAGCACACCAAGCAAUGUUAAUUUGCCCAGACAUAAUGAGAUUGUAACAAACCUUAACACAUUUAGUUCAAAUGAGCAAGUCAAUCUACUGAAAAAAACUGCUUCUUCUGCUAGUCUUUGCUCAAAAGUGCAUUCUAUGGGAAAUGUAGCGAAUUUGCCAAGCAUCAACCUUGCUGGCCAUGUUCCUGGUGCAUAUCCUGUAAACUCAAAAUUGAAUACUGUUUAUAAUAAUCAUCUCGAGACAGCUUUGAGGGGUCGCAGAGAUGGACAAAGUUUAGAUGAACUAGGAAAUCAAGUUAUUCCUGAACUUCAUUCCACAACUCUGGACCCACGGUUCAUCCAAUGCUUGCAGCAAAGUUCUGAUUACUCAAUGCAUGGGAUGAGUAGUUCUGGUGAUCCCUUUCAAAUGAGAAAUUUCUCUGACACUUCGCAUGGAAACUUAGAGGGACUUCGGAAAGCAUAUCUUGAGACACUUCUUACUCAACAAAAGCAACAAUAUGAACUCCCACUUCUGAGCAAAUCUGGGCUUCUUAAUCAGGGGUAUCUUGGGAGUCAGCCAUAUGGUCUUGGCAUGCCAUAUUCAGGAAAGCAGAUUACAAAUUCCCCCCUCCCUUCUCUUGGAUCUGGAAAUCCACUGUUUGAGAAUGAACGUAUAUUACGCUUAAAUUCUAUGAUGAGAAGUUCAAUGGGAGGUUCUGGCGGCUCAUGGCAUGCUGAUAGUGGCAAUAACAUGGAGGCAAGAUUUGCUUCAUCCUUACUAGAUGAGUUUAAGAACAACAAGGCCAGACCUUUUGAACUUUCAGAUAUCAUUGAUAAUGUGGUUCAAUUCAGUACUGAUCAGUAUGGUAGCCGCUUUAUUCAGCAGAAAUUAGAAACAGCUUCAGUAGAAGAGAAGACCAAGAUAUUUCCUGAGAUCAUUCCUCAUGCCCGUGCCUUGAUGACUGAUGUCUUUGGAAAUUAUGUGAUACAGAAAUUUUUUGAGCAUGGUACAGCGAGUCAACGAAAGGAAUUAGCUGGACAACUUACAGGUCAUGUUUUACCUCUUAGUCUGCAAAUGUAUGGUUGCAGAGUGAUUCAGAAGGCCUUGGAGGUGGUUGAUGUGGAUCAGCAGACUCAACUGGUGUCAGAGCUCGAUGGCGCAGUAAUGAAAUGCAUACGCGAUCAAAAUGGAAACCAUGUUAUUCAGAAGUGUAUAGAGUGUGUUCCUCAAGAUAGAAUUCAAUUUAUUGUCUCAUCUUUUUAUGGGCAAGUUGUUGCACUUUCUACUCAUCCUUAUGGAUGCAGAGUAAUUCAGAGGGUUCUAGAACAUUGUGAUGAUCUAAAUACACAACAAAUUAUGAUGGCUGAAAUCAUGCAAUCUGUCUGCACUUUAGCACAGGAUCAAUAUGGAAAUUAUGUUAUUCAGCAUAUACUGGAACAUGGUAAACCACACGAACGGACUGCUGUUAUCAGCAAGCUAGCUGGACAAAUUGUUAAGAUGAGCCAGCAAAAAUUUGCUUCUAAUGUUAUCGAGAAGUGCUUGGCUUUCGGUUCUCCUGAAGAACGUCAGAUUUUGGUGAAUGAAAUGCUUGGUACCUCUGAUGAGAAUGAGCCCUUACAAAGGUGGUUAAUGCACGAUGAUAUAACAUGAAAUUUGCAGGCUAUGAUGAAGGACCCUUUUGGAAAUUAUGUUGUGCAAAAGGUUCUUGAGACUUGCGAUGAUCGAAGUCUUGAGCUGAUCCUUUCUCGCAUCAAGGUUCACUUGAAUGCCCUGAAGCGGUAUACUUAUGGCAAACAUAUAGUUUCUCGUGUGGAGAAGCUCAUAACCACUGGAGAAAGGCGCAUAGGGUUGUUGGCCUAACUUACUACAUCCUCAGGCAUGCUAAUUGAGGUCUGGAGGACUAGUAGUCCUAAUCCUGUCACAACAUAAAGGUCUUUCUUUUGUACAGCUAACGUGAAUGUUAAUAUUACCAAGUUUCCUCUGCAAUCCUUGCCAAUGUAAAGCAUUGGAGAUAAACAGUGUCAGCAGGGCUGGAAUAAAUUAUUUUCCGCACUUUGCUUUGUUUCGUUACUAUUACUGAACAGAAAAUCUCCAUAAGGAGAGUUAACUUAGGAUGUCGAGAUUAGAGUCAUGGCAAUGUGUAUUUAUUGUGUAUGUAUAUGAGGUACAUUGUCUGUAAAGAAAAUAAAGGUAAAUGAGUAAUUGCAGUAACCAGAGUCAGAAGAUCAGGCUCUAACUUUCUUUUCCUGUAUGUAAAUAAUUUACUGCAAAUUUA